CCGCUGGUAUUGAAAGCUUGCAAAAUGGAUUGAUUGAUUUGGUCAAUGAACAGCAACAACAAAUCCAACAACUUCAUCAAAUGCAAACGGAUCAUGAUGUCACUCCAACCACCACAACACAGGAACAUCGAAAUGAUUCAGGAAGUGAUCAUGAUGAAGGUCACGAAUUACCAGGUGGUGACUUUCAUUCUAUUGCAUGCCAGCCCUGUAGGCGCCUUCAUAGAAAAUGUGACAAGAAACUUCCAUCAUGUUCUGAAUAUGCUCCAUCUGAACAAUUGCCAUCCUCAUCAUCAUCACCUCAUGAAUCGCAUUCUUCACCCACAGCAACUAAUGGAAAAUCCACAAAAUUAUCUCUAGUAAGAAAAUCUACCCAUCCCUAUACGGAAAUUAAUCAAAGUUUAUUAGAUGGAGUUGUGAAACGAAGAACGUUGGACAUGUUUUUCGACAAGAUGCACGGAAUUGGAUGUGGAAUACUCUCAAAAGAAAAAGUAGAAAAGCUUGCUCUUGAGUAUUUGGCAAAUCCAGAAGACGAUGCUUCUUCUCCCUAUGACAAUGUAAAUUACAAGACACACUCCAUGAAAAAUGGUGUGCGAUGCUUAUUGUACAGUAUGCAAGCAUUAUGUGAACAACAAAUGGGUUUUCGAGAGACUUCACAAUUGGCCUAUCGUGAAGCAAGAAAAUCUUUGGGUUCUGCGUUCGAUGAUUUGGACAACUUUUACAUCAAGGUCAGCUAUUCACUCUUGUCUUCAUAUUUGGCUGGUGAGGGUGAUGAUGCAACAGCAAAAUUUUAUUUAAAUGCACUCAAUUAUGCCAUUCAAAACACAUCAACCAAUUACAUGAGUGAAGGUUGUCAGAGUAUUAGUGAUGAAGAUGAAAUGACAUCGUUGAUUGCUCUCAUGAACAAGAAUUCCCUCUGUUGUAGAUAUACGGAUAUACAUGAUUUGAAAAUUUGGGAUGGAUUCGACACCAUUUACAGACUCAAAACUCGAAAACAAAGUCCCUACGAACUUGACAAGCUUCUUCAAAAGGGUGUGACACCAGACGAUGUUCCCAUGUUAUUGAAAUUAAUUUCUCUCCUCAACAAUGUCAUUGAAGGCUAUGCCCAUGCCAAUUCCUUCUCUGCAUCUCAAAUUCAAUUCACUCUAUUGUUGAAAGACAUUGUUUGUUUUGGAGCUGAAAUUGUAGUGUACUUGUCGAUUGGUAUUGAUGAAGGUGAGACUGUUGAAAAUUUGGCCAACAAGAUUAUUAAUCUCACAGAGAGAGAAUCAUUCGCAUUCUUGCCAGUGGCCAUGACUCAUUUUGUUUCUCUUGCUGCAUACAUUCAUGGUAAAAUGUUUCCCAAGAUUGAAUCCAUCAUUGGUACCAAAAUGAAACAGGGCAGAGCCUUUCACGCGAUAUUAAUGACGAAUAUGAAAGAAAUUAUUUUGAAAUGGUAA